AAAAAAAAAUAAUUACAUAUAUCUCCAAAUAUAUAUAUGAAUAGAUAAUGCUGAUAGGAAUUUUAUAGAGUGCCGGUUAGUGCAAAUCCAAAUCGUUAAAUGCUGCAUGCGGCUAGCAUUCUAAUUGUUACAAUACCACAACACAAGAAAUUGUGUAAAUUAAACGCAGGCCGCUCGUAAAUAUAAACAUUUUACUGUGAAAGAAACUAAAACUACCAACUACUUGUACAACAACAGAACCACGCUCACAACACACACACACACUUGCAACUACAAAUACAAACGCUGCCAGAACUAUCAUCAUCAACGCAGUAUUAUUAUCAACGGCUAGCUACAGCUACGUAAUCAACGACGACGACGUCGUUGUUAGCAGCAGCAGCAGCAGCACCAGCAGCAGCAGCAGAAGCAGAAGAGAGAGCAGAACACAAAAAUGUCUUCAUAGACGAACGAUAUGCAUGCAUGUAUGUGAGUGUUGCUGUCUGUCAUACCGUCUGCCAGCCAGUCUCUAAGAGAAAGAGUGUGUGUGUGUCUGCGCUGUGUUGUGCUGUGUUGUGUUGUGGAAAGGAAACGCACGUCCUGUCGCCGAUUUCGCAAAAGACCAAGACGAGACGCUGCCCAGCCAGCCAGGCAGCAAGGCAGCAAGGCAGCCUCGCCGACUGACUGACUGACUCGCUUUCGUUUGAAGGUCUGUCGACGUCUACGUCCGUCAGGCAAAUAACAAGAAAAAAAAAAAAAAAAAAAAAGCAACAACGUCGGGCAACCGUCGCUUUGUUUGCGCGAAUGUGUGUGUGUGCGUGCAUAUGUCUGUAUUUUUCUUGGCCCGCAUAAUAAAAUAACAACAACAACAACAACAAAAUAGGAAUGAAAAUAAGUAAUUCCAUGCAUUUACUAUAUCUUUUGUGUGUCUGCAUGUAAAAAGUGGCCAAGUGUUUGAGUUUAACAAAUGGUGCGAAUAUAUUGCUGCUAAUUGAAGUGGUUCGGGAGCAAAUGCUCCAAUGAGAUACCAAAAGUGAAGCUCAGAAAAAAACAAAUUGUAUCUAACAGUACGCAUAACAAUUUGUUCAAUUGGAUUACAUAUUUUGUGUCUCGUGUCCAUCGAAACACGUCCGAAUGGAUAACAGCUUAUGUGGAUUAGUAGCUGAGUUGGCGCAUUAUAUAGAUACGCACGCUUUUAAUUGUUAGGAAAGAAACGAAACUUACUUGUACGUAACAAAACAAAAAAAGACGAGAAAUAUAAUACGAGCGCUUUACAAAAACGCUUUAAAAAUGUAUUUUGAACGCAAGCAAGUGCGUAAAAAAUACUAGAAAAAUACCAGCCCAGCAAAAAACCAACUUCAAUUCCAAUUCCGGAAAGGGGACAUCAAGUGGACCAACACCAAUUUGGUUUUGGCCACAACGCACAACAACAUCAACACCAGAAGGGAGCGACAACCUCAAACUGCCAAGGACCGAAGGUCCUAGCUGAAACAAAAGUAAUUAAUAACCGGAGUUUAACAAAAAGACACCACAACGGCGACCAUCGGCUACCAAAUGAUGAAACGACGCUGGUCGAACAAUGGGGGAUUCUUGCGCUUACACGAAGAAUCCUCCUCAGAGGUCACCUCCUCCUCAAAUGGGCUGGUCCUGCCCUCGGGCGCCAACAUGUCACCCUCGUCCCUAGACUCUCACGAGUAUGGCGACCAGGACGGCUGGAUGUCCUGCAACGAUGCCGGCGGCUACGGCAGCAGCAACGGCACUGCCAGCAACGCUGGAGUCCAACAGCAGAGUGUCAUCACACUGGCGAUGCACGGCUGCUCCAGCACUCUACCGGCACAGACCACCAUCAUACCCAUUAACAAUGGGAACAGCAACGGCCUUUCGGGCCUCAUUGGUAAUGCUGGACACUAUGUGCCUGGUGCCACAAAUCUGGGUGCACUGACAAACGGUCACAUGAGUGGCAUAGUCAAUGGUGGCAACAUGGGAGGAGCGAGUGGCCAGAACGGUGGGGGCAACAUGCAUCAGACACAUUUACAAAAUGGACACAGUCUGAUCAACUCCACUACGCCGACGCCCACAACGCAACUCCAGAUGCAACAGAACGGAUUGGGUGGAGGGGGUGGCGGCGGAGGCGUGGGCAUGGUCCUGCCCGGACACCUUCACACAAAUGGCUCGUCGAAUGGCAUUGGCGGCAUGGGUAUGCAGCAUACACCACGCAGUGAUUCAGCAAAUUCCAUUUCAUCAGGUCGCGAUGAUCUCUCGCCCUCGAGCAGUCUCAACGGGUAUUCUGCGAACGAGGGCUGCGAUGCGAAAAAGAGCAAGAAGGGGCCGGCUCCGCGGCUUCAAGAGGAGCUGUGCCUCGUCUGCGGGGAUCGGGCCUCCGGCUACCACUACAAUGCGCUCACCUGCGAGGGCUGCAAGGGUUUCUUCCGGCGAAGCGUUACGAAGAACGCAGUCUACUGUUGCAAGUUCGGACGAGCCUGCGAGAUGGACAUGUACAUGCGCCGGAAGUGCCAGGAGUGCAGACUGAAAAAGUGCCUCGCCGUGGGCAUGCGGCCGGAAUGUGUGGUGCCCGAGAACCAGUGCGCGAUGAAGCGACGCGAGAAAAAGGCGCAGAAGGAGAAGGACAAGGUGACGACGUCGCCCGGCUCCAAUCACGGCACGCACGACUACGUGAAGAAGGAGAUCCUGGAGUUGAUGACCUGCGAUCCGCCGCAACAUGCAACAAUUCCGCUACUACCUGAUGAUAUUUUGGCCAAGUGUCAAGCGCGCAAUAUACCUCCAUUAACGUACAAUCAACUGGCCGUUAUCUAUAAGCUUAUUUGGUAUCAGGAUGGCUACGAGCAGCCGUCCGAAGAAGAUCUCAAGCGCAUUAUGAGUCAACCCGAUGAGAAUGAAAGUCAGACAGACGUCAGUUUUCGGCACAUUACCGAGAUCACUAUACUCACAGUGCAGUUGAUUGUGGAAUUUGCAAAGGGACUACCAGCGUUUACAAAAAUACCGCAAGAGGAUCAAAUCACGUUACUGAAGGCCUGCUCAUCGGAGGUCAUGAUGUUGCGUAUGGCCCGGCGCUACGAUCACAAUUCGGAUUCCAUUUUCUUCGCCAACAACCGCUCCUACACACGCGACUCGUACAAAAUGGCCGGCAUGGCCGACAAUAUCGAAGACCUGCUGCACUUCUGCCGUCAAAUGUUCUCAAUGAAGGUGGACAAUGUCGAAUACGCGCUACUCACUGCCAUUGUGAUCUUCUCGGAUCGGCCGGGCCUGGAGAAGGCGCAACUAGUCGAGGCAAUUCAGAGCUAUUACAUCGACACGCUACGCAUUUAUAUACUCAAUCGCCACUGCGGCGACUCCAUGAGUCUCGUCUUCUACGCCAAACUCCUCUCCAUACUCACAGAACUGCGCACCCUGGGCAACCAGAACGCUGAGAUGUGCUUCUCGCUGAAACUCAAGAACCGCAAGCUGCCCAAGUUCCUCGAGGAGAUCUGGGACGUCCACGCCAUACCCCCCUCCGUUCAAUCUCACCUCCAGGCCCAGCAGGAGGAGCAGGAACGUGCAGCGGAGAGGGCGGAACGCAUGCGCGGCGCAGUCGGCGGUGCAAUACAAGCUGGCCUGGAUGCAGACUCAGCCUCCACCUCAGCCCAAGCGGCGCACGCCGCUCAAGCCGCCCAGGCGGCGCAAGCCGCUCAACUCCAACAGCAGCAGCAGCAGCAACAGCAACAACAACAGCAGCAGCAACAGCAGCAGCAGCAGCAUCACCACCAUCCCGUUCACACGCUGGCGCCUCCGACUGCCUCCGUCUCAGCGGUAAGCACGAGCAGCGACUACAUCGGCGGGGGCGGCGCGAUGGGGCCGACGACAGCGGCUGCGACCUCUUCCACCAGCAUUACGGCGGCGGUCCCGGCCAGCUCGACCACCGCGGCCGUGGCAAAUGGGGGCGGGGCCAACGUGAACAUGUACAAUCAGGCGAUGGCGCUAAUGGGCGUGCCACUGCAUCAGGAGCAGCUCAUUGGCGGAGUGGCGGUCAAGUCGGAGCAUUCGACGACGGCAUAG